AAAUAACGAGGACCGGUUCACAACUUUAUUCUUUCUCCUUUUACUCAUGGUGCUUCUUCUCAUUUCCUUUACAGUUUUCAUCAACAAAUUGUUUCAUUCCCAAAGCAAACAAAUUAUUUGCAUAUGUAUGGUUGCAUUUCUCAGAAGAACUUGAAACUUUUAUUUGUAUAAAAUACAAGGAAAGGAGAAAAGAAAAUAAAAGAAGCUGUUUAGUCAGAGAAAAGAGGGAAAAGAAGAAGAAGAAAUUCUUGAUUUAAAAUCUCUUAUGGAACAGCUUAUUAGCUUCAUCAUAAGACCACCCAGAGCUGAAUACGAUCCGAAAAAUGAUUUAUUAGAUCAAGAAUUUAUGCUUAAAGGGAAGUGGUACCAGAGGAAAGAUUUGGAGGUUGUAAAUGGUCGAGGAGAUACUCUUCAAUGUAGCCAUUAUAUGCCUAUUGGUCAUCCUGAAGGACGUGCCCUUCCUUGUGUAAUAUACUGCCAUGGAAAUAGUGGUUGCCGAGCAGAUGCUAGUGAAGCUGCUAUUAUAUUGUUGCCUUCAAAUAUAACAGUUUUCACUCUUGAUUUCUCCGGUUCUGGACUCUCUGGAGGAGAGCAUGUAACUUUAGGCUGGAACGAGAAGGACGAUCUAAGAGCAGUGGUUGAUUAUCUACGGGCAGAUGGGAAUGUCUCUUUGAUUGGUUUGUGGGGUCGCUCAAUGGGUGCUGUUACAAGCCUGAUGUAUGGAGCUGAGGAUCCUUCCAUCGCCGGAAUGGUUCUGGACAGCCCCUUCUCAGAUUUGGUUGAUUUGAUGAUGGAACUGGUGGAUACUUACAAAGUUCGACUUCCCAAGUUCACUGUUAAGUUCGCAAUCCAGUACAUGCGGAGAGCAAUCCUAAAGAAGGCAAAAUUUGACAUAACAGACCUCAACACAAUCAAGGUUGCAAAAUGUUCCUUUGUUCCAGUUUUGUUUGGUCAUGCCGUUGACGAUGAUUUCAUUCAGCCCCAUCAUUCUGAUCGCAUAUUUUAUGCUUAUGUGGGGGACAAGAAUAUUAUAAAGUUCGAGGGUGAUCACAACUCUCCACGCCCACAAUUUUAUUUUGAUUCUAUCAGUAUCUUUUUCAACAAUGUAUUACAACCUCCAGAGGAUGAAAGAGGGACUGCAUUUUUUGACUUGUCUCAUGAUUAUUACGGCAAGGGUUCUUGGGCUACUGUCCAUGAUACAAAAUAUUUGGAUGAUGUCUUGGCUUCCCCUUCUGAUCAAGCUGGUAGUACGACUGAAGAUGCUAUUAACCAAGUUCGCUCCAGAAGACCUAUGAGUAAAAUAGUGGUCCCUGCAGAGAUGUCAUCCAAAGAUAAACAAUCAGAUGGGCAGGAAGAAGAUACCGGAUCUGAUUCUCUUGCAUCGUCUUCUAAUAUGAUCAGCUUUGAAUUAUUGGGCGGUAGUCCACAUGGUACUCUGCCUGCAUCAAUAGAUGAUGAUGAAUAUGUGGAAUACCCUCUCGAUAACUUGGCUGAAUUCCCGAGCAAUGUCGAGGAAGAAGAGAGGAUGUUCACGAAAGCUGUAAUGGAGUCGCUGAAAGACCUGGAGACGGGACACCCUCACGUCGAGGAACCAUCUUCUCAUGUUGGCAGUAACCUCCCUGAACCAACACGUGAACAAAAAUAUUCUUUUUCUACACCGGCGGCAGCCUUAAAAACCGUGCCCACUUCAGCAGCCACUGAUUCUGAAUUGAUACUUCUUUCAGAAGCAGGAAUUAACAGACCUUGUGGCGACAUUUCAACGUGCGACCGUAGUACACCGGAAGACAAUGCGAAUAUUCCAAAGGCCUAUGUAGCUGCAGUAAAUAACCCUAAAAUUGUUGAUGCUACUCUGUGUUCCAACGAAGCAGAAAGGAAUGACGCUGUUUCUCCUGCCUAUAAUACUCCACUGGGUAACCAAAGUUCAUCUGAUACAGACAUGGCUGAUAACACGAGGGUCACUGUAAAUGUUGUGAAAACUCCUACAACUAAUAUUAUUGGCGGUUUGUUUCGUCGUUGGGAUCUGAACUUCUUUAAAAAUAGAUAAUUAUGAAGUAUCAUGGAAGACAAGGAAGUAUAUCUAAAAAGGGUAUUCUUAAACCCAAUUUUAUGCUGCUGUUAGCAGUUCGAUAAGAGUGCUAAUUGGGUUAUUCGCGUUCGACUAGGAAGAUUAUACGUUUGCACCUGUUGUGAUAGAAGGGCCUUCUACCAGGAGGAUUAUUGUCAUUUGUUGUAACUAUGUAAGGGAGAUUCUUUUCGGUUAUGUACAGUUGAUGAAUAGAUUUAGUUGUCAAUCGUGCCAUAAUUUUCUUGUUGAAUUCACACGAAAUUAUUUCAGGGUCUUCCUGGUUUAGAACAUGUGAUUCAUUUGUAUAUGCAAAUUCAAAAUUGGAUGCUUGUUUGAUGAAAUUAGAUAAUGGAGUUCACUAUUUGUUUUUUA